AUGAUCAUGCAUCAGUGUCCGGUCAGCACGUCCGAGAAGAAGAUGAUCGAGUUCCUGGAGGACCUCAACCACCAAAAGCGGCUCAUGGCCAGCUGCUCCGAAGCCCUACGCGCCUGCACCCUGUGCGCCAUGAAGGCCACCGAGGAGGGCCUCAACUGCGUCGUGCACUGCGGUUCGUGCGCCACGAUGCUGGAGGUGUCGCUCAAGUACCUGGCCUCGCGCACCUCGCACUGUGAGGAGGUGGUGGCCCUCAGCGCCAAGAUCGCCAAGAGCUGCUCCGAUCACUGCAGCCAGCACCAGAACACCCACUGCCAGGACUGCGCCGCGGCUUGCGGCAAGUGGGCGCAGGACGUGCACGACCUGCUAGACACGACCAGGACCUAA